CACUUCAACGCUUCAAGAACGCACGUCACGACACGCACCAAAAAAAUUGGCCAAAAACUUGAGUGCUAAAACAAAAAGCGUUAUCGUUAUCCUGAAUAUCGAAUCGCCCGGAACCUAGGCGGUAACUGACCUCCUUGUUCUUCCACUUUUCUCUGCCGAACGUUCAGCGAACGGUGGAAAAGCUGCAUCGCGUCGCCGUCGUCGAGUCGAGUGAAGAAGAGCAAAAACCGAAGAAGAGCAGCUGCGCCGCGAUAUCCCUAAGGUGGUGGACGGAACGAUGGCAGACCAAACGGAGCUGCGAAUGAACCUGGUAGCGAUCAAGCGGGUCGACCCGUACGCGAAGGACAUUAUCAACUCGUCGGCACACGUCGCCUUCUACGUGUUCAACAACGAGGACAGCGAGUGGGAGAAGACCGACAUCGAGGGUGCGCUCUUCAUCUACAGCCGGUACGCCGAGCCGUUCCACAGCAUCUUCAUCAACAAUCGACUCAACACGAACUCGCUGGUCGAGCCAAUUCGCGGCCAGAUAGAACUACAAUCGAAACCACCCUUUCUGCUGUACCGCAACGAGCGGUCGCGCAUCCGUGGUUUUUGGUUCUACAACAACACCGAGUGCGAUCGCAUCGGCGAAAUCAUUCAACGCCUCGUCACCGAUUGCGCCGAGGCUGAGAAGCUGAAUCCUGUCGUGAACGGUGGUGGUGGUGGUGCCGGAGGUGGCUCUAUACCGCCCGGGAUGUUACCGGGCAUUAACGACAACGGUCCUGCUGAAUCGGAAUCUAACAAUGUGGACAUUUUCAGCAUGCUCACGAAGGCGCAGGAAGACUAUCAGAACAAUGCCGCUACGACAACCGGGGGAGGAGGCAAGGAUCCAGCCGUUAUCAAUCAUGCUGGUUUGACGGUGCUCGGUGGGCACAACAUGCCCAUCGUGCCGGUUCCUGCAACCCAGCAACAACAGCAGCCGAUAUCUAACCAAAAUGCUCCGCGCAGUGUUGUGAACUUUUUUGCUGCGGCCAAACAACCGGCAGCCUCCGAAGUGCCACUCUUCAAAACGCACGCACCCGUCCAUACGUUAGAGCAGAUCGAGAAGCUGCACCGGGCGUCGACACCGCAGAAGGACCUAACGAUCGCCGGCAGCGUCAAUACUACCGGUAAGCUAACGCCGGAUCUAAGCGAGCUCAAGCGCAUGGGUGCCAUUCCGAUCAUGGGAAGCGGAAAUGGACCCCACACCCCUUCCGGUGGGUUGCCCGAGCUCGGCACCUCCCCGUUAGCCACGUUUCUCAGCACGGCUAACUUGUCUUCCGCGAUGCGGAUGAACAACAAUCAGGCCGCGGUACCGAAAGCUAAGCUGAUCGAUAUCAGUGAGCUAGAAUCGCGCCAGAACCACCACUCACAGCAGCAGUCGCAACAUCAGACGCCACUUCAUGAGUUGUUGAAAAAAUCGGAAUCGAUCGCAGCUACGGGGACACCGACAACGCCGUCCAUUGUUCGGCCAGCCCUGAUGCCUCCGACCAUGUUCAAACCGACUGCAGCGGCGUCGGUCGGCGUCACUGGUUCACCUGGCACGGGUACGGUGGGACCGCAAACCGCUCUGAGCGAUCUGUUCUCGCAGGUAACCUCCCGUUCCGCUGUUGGUGGUGGAGCAGUAGCAGUAAGCGGAGCAAAGGUACCAUCAAGCGCAACGGGAAAACAGGCCGGAUCGGCCGGGGCUAAGGGCGGAAAAUCAAGAGACGGAACAGGGAAUACACCGCCUAAGCAAGCAGGAGGAACACCGAAGUCGGUGGCUGAUAUCCUUUCGAAAGCAGCGGCCAAUAGCAAGCAGAACAACAACGUUCACAAUGCGGCGAGCACGGUCAGCGGCAAUGCGAAUGGCAGUAAUAAUAACAACAAUAGCAGCAACAGCACAGCUGGAGGAACGGUAGAACCGCUCACUCAAAAUCAGCUCAUACAAGCCGUCAGUUAUCUGAUUAAGCACGAUCCGGAUUUUGUCAGAAAGCUGCACGAAGCAUAUGUUCGAUCGUUCGCUGAGAUGAUGAUAUCCAACUAAAGCCGGAGAAAUGAUUCCGUAUGUGUUUGUAUGUCUGUAUGUGUGUAUGUAUGUAUGUAGGAGAUCAUCUGCUUAUCCUGCUGCUACUGCACCUUCAUCUCGGCCAGCUAAUAUCAAUGUUUCUUGCCCCGUCUGUUCGCCGUCACCGUCCCUAGCAUACUUUGUCCAUCAGUUCACUCACAACCCGAGCAACCCAUUCGAAGGCAUGAUGAUUUAUUUUCGUCGGAGUAGGCAUACGAAGCAUCAUCAUGAACGACCGAAUGGGGCAAGCCAGAUAAAAAGAUCUUCUUUCGAAGCUAACAGAGCGCAAGAUAGAGAGAUAGAGACAGAGUGGAAAAAAUACUUUUCGGGUACAUGAUCAAACUCACUGCAGCCUAGCAGGAGUGUUAUAAAUGGUCAAUUGUGCGUGCAUUGAAGGAGACCUGAGCGCGAUUGCAUUAGAAUUAGUGAAUCUGAUUCUUUCUUUUUUCAUGAUUUAAUCGAUUCGUCUUUGCACUUAUCUGAUAGUUUUCAUUUUUAUUUUCCAAGUGGAAAUUAGGUUUGCACAAUUUAACAUUUCAUUUAGCAAAAAUGCUGUAAAUUCGACAAGUAUUGGCACAAGCGCGAACGCUGUAUUUAAUUUUAAUGGUACUAAAUUUUGAUUUUAUGUCUCAUCGCGCGCCGUUUUGUUUACUAUCACUGCAACGUCUAUUCCAAAUGAAAACCUAUAACAGGCCGAUAGAAAAGUACUAGAAGGCCAAAAAGACAUAUGUUGCAUCUCCCACUACCCGUCGGGAAAUAAGCACAGAAUGACGGUAAAGCAAGAGAAAGGGUUCUAGUUUAAGGCGAGAGCAAAGAGACAUUUUAUAUAUGUAUUCUCCCUUCCCUUCGUCCUCUGUCUUUUUCCUACUCUUUUAAACUUUGUUUAACAUUCACACAUUCGCAUCAGCCGUGCAGAAUUAAGUCAGAAGGUAAUCCCGCAAUCGCUCCCGCUAAGGCUAGGAUCUUCGACGGAUAUGCCAAACAGCGCUCGUACAAAUAGCAAAAGGACGAUAAUUGUAGCCCAAGUGAAGAGCAUAAUGCAUAAGAAGUCUACUUCUAGUUAUUCAGUUGUAUCACGAAGCUCAUCAACAAAGGGGAGAGACAGAUGAUAUAGAGAAGAGCACCGGGGACGGAAUAGUAGUUAGCUUUAUGUUCGAUUUUGACAAAAACUGUAUCUGCAUCAUUGUACACUUAACUAACGACUCUUCCAUGAGUAUGUGUGUAUGUAUACUACUACUGCAUUAGGUCAGCGCAACGUAAUGGCGGCGAAAGAAAUAAAAUCGCCUACAUAGCCAAUUGUUGCCGAAACCCGAAAGGGAUCGAUUGGCGGAAGAAGCGCAGUAAGCAAAUGUAAAAUCCGUAAAUUUCACACUUUUCGAUGUGGUAAUGUUAAGCAAAGAAUUCAACAUACAGAUUAGUCAGUAGCACACUGCAUCCGAUUCCCGGUCGGCGAGCUCUUUAGUGUAAUGCAACUAUGUUUUCUUGUUAGCGGAACAGAAUCAUCGGAGUAGAUUAGGCGUCAGGGCGUUGUCGUGGGUGGUGACAGUGAUGGACGAUGGUACCGUGUGCAGCGCUUUAAUGUCCUUCGAUGGUAUCGACGUCAACAGUGAUGGGUAGGAACGUUUGCGAGUAGAUGGAAACAUGAUUAGGGUGCGCCAGAAACGUAUGACAACGACACUACGAUUGUGGGUUUGCUUGACAUGAUGAAAAUAAAGAUACUUGAAGGCGCAGCUUUGACGCAGCGAACCAAUGCAAACAACCGUUAUGUUUGGUCACAUUGAAAACGGCACUACGAUCUUUCUCUACUCACCGCAUCAACCUAAGCAUGUUA